GGUUAAUGGAAACGUGGAUCAUAAUAUUAAUAGUCGUCGUUGUCUUUUUUGGAUUAAUAGGCUUGUACUUUUACUCAAAAAAAUCAAAAAGUAAUUCAAAAAAAAAAAGCAAUUAAGAACAUCUAAUUGAAGGUGAAUUGGAAUAAAUGAAUUCCUAUUACAACAAUAAUCAAAACCAAAAUAAAAAUUAUAUAGAUACUUAUUCUUAUGAUGUAAAAUAGGAUACUCAAACUAAUCAAAAAAAUAAAGAAAAUUAUGGAAGAGACAAUACAAAAUAAUAAAAUAUUUAUUAAAACAAUAAAUCUUCUAAUACAGUGGCAAUAGAUAUUAAACCAAAUAAUUCUUAACACAACAUGCAUCUUAAGAUUUUAUAAUAAACAGAAGAAUAAAAACCAUAAUAAAUAUACUAAAAAAUUGAUCAUUGUUAUUAAUAAUAAAAUAAUCAGAAUGCAUAAUUAUAAAAUUUUAAAGAUGACUAAGAAUAAAAUAUUCAAAAUGAGUAAUUAUAAUAGAUAUUUGAUUAUUAAUAAUAAAAUAAUUAGAAUGUUUAGCAAUAAAAUAAUUAAGAUAAUUAAUUAUAACAUUAUUAGAACGCAUUUCAAUAACAUAAUCAAGAUAAUUAAUAACAAAAUGAUUUGAAUGUAGAUUAAUAACAAAAUCAAAAUACUUAAUAAGUAAUUGAUGAAGUUGAAAGAAUUAAUGUUGAUAUAUCAAAAAUUCUAGGAAAUUUACAGCAAAUAAUUAAUGAGACUUCAAAAAAAAGAGAAUUAGCAGAAGAAUAUAAAUAUUAUAUCAGAAAAUAUUAGGGUAAAUCAGAAUUGAAAAAAAAUUAUGGCCUAACUUUAAAAGCAAGUGUAGAAUUAUAUAAAUAUUGUAAUGCAUUUAGGGAAGUAAGAGGGGAUGGUAAUUGUUUUUACACUGCUUUUGGAUUUUAAUUCUUAUCUAUUUUACUAUUUGACUACUCCUUAGACUAAUUUAAUGAAUUUUUUAAUAGAAUUAAACAAAUUGAAUUACCAAUGAAAAUAUUUGUUCCUUUAACAGAUUUGAAAAUUGAUGAUAAAGAAUUAGAAAAAUAACUAUUAGAUGAAUUUUAACGUAGAAUGCUUAAGCUUAAAUUAAUAGAAGAUAUAAAUUAAAGACAAGAAUAAUUUCAUACUGAAUUUGCUGCCUAUGAAUAAUAAUCAGACGAGAUUGAUGGGUGUUUAUAUGGACUAUCAACCUUAUUUUUUAGAAAUUAUUCUAAUUACGUUAUCGAUUUUAGUGAUGCCAAAGAUGCAGUUUUUGAUAGAGAAAAAUUAUUAAAUUGGGAAGAAGAAUGUAAUAGUAAUGAAGUUGUUAUUGCAGAGUUGGCUAAGCAAUUAAAUAUGUAAAUAUUUAUUAUCUAUUACAAGUCUUGUUUAAUUAAUAUUUAUAUAAAAUUCAGAAAAUAUAGUAGUGAGGGAGUAUGGAAACAAUAAAGAACAUAAAAUUAUAUUAUUAAUUAAGCCUGGACAUUAUAAUAUUGGGUAUUAAAUCUUCAAAUAAUCAUGA